UACAAGACAGGUCGAGAAGAUUGAGAUUUGCCUUUCCUCUAUUGUUCCCGCCAAACAAAGUUGUAGUCAAUCGAUCAUACCAAAUGCUAAACCACAUAUCCAAAACCCUAAAAUCAUUACCCAAACCCCCAAAUUCAUUGCCAACAAUCUCUCAUUUCCACACACGAAACAAAACCCUAAUCUCCAAUCCCGCAAUAGAUUUCAUCUUGAACGAAUUUGACGACCUUCAAUCACCCAAUCAUGUUAAUAACAAUAAUAAUAAUAACAACAACCCACCACAACUUGCAACAAAACCCACAGAACCAGAAGCUGAAUCUGUAUCUUCUUCGAGCAUUUAUGUUUCGCAUAAGUGGCCCGAAUGGAUUGGGUUGAUGGAGAAGUUGAUGAAAUAUGGGUACUUUGAUGGUGUCAAGAAUCCGUUUGGAAGUGGUGGGUUGGUUGAUGGGAAGAGUUGGAAUCGUAUUCGGACUGCUUGUCUUAAGUUUGCGCGUGAUCGGGUUGAUUUGAUGAGCUGCUUCAUGGAUAGAGAUAUAGAGAUGAUUGCAGGAUCCGGCUGUCCCAGCACAGACAGAAAAGUUGUCAACUCGGGUAAACGCUUAAGGGCACACUUGGGCAUUGAUGAAGGAAAUGUUUGCAGCUCCUGCAAUCUAAGGGGAAACUGUGAGAGGGCAUAUGUAAAAGCACAUGAAGAUGAAUGCGGUCACACUGUGGACGUCAUGCGUUUUGUACUCACAUACGCCCUUGAUAAUAACAAACAGUUUAUCAACAAACAACUUGAAGAAGCAAUAAGAAGUUUAACUAAAGAUAUGGUGAAAUUUAGCAAGAAUAAACUUGAUAUCGAUCCUUCUAAGCGGGGCCCGCCUGCUCCGAGAAGUCCAGCUCAGCAGCAAGAACACCAAUCAAGUAGUUUUACUAUCCAUGGCGGUUGGAGUUGCUCCAGAUGCAAAUUCUUGAACUCCGCAAGAAACAUCAAGUGCACGCAAUGUGAUGACGCAUUUCAAGAAAGACUUCCAAGAUCAAGGAACAAUCGGGAUCGUGUUCAGUUGAAGGGAGAUUGGCUAUGUAUAAGAUGCAAUUUUUUCAACUUUGCCAAGAACACUAGAUGUUUGCAAUGCCAUACAAACCCGCCAAAAAGGCAACUCAAUCCUGGGGAAUGGGAGUGCGACUCAUGCAAUUACAUAAACUUUAAAAGAAACAUGGUGUGCUUGAAAUGUGACCAUAAGCGCGCAAAAGCAUUCGAUAAUUCAACUCAGUUACAACGAUGGAACUCGUAGUCAAUGGAUCAACUACAAGAUUGAACGUUGUUGGGUAUUGAAGUAGAAAGAUAGGAAGAGUUUGUAAAUAGAGUAAAUUGCCAAAAUGGUCCCUAAGGUUUGGUUAUUUUUGCCACUUUAGUCCAAAACUCAAACCUUUUGAAUCUGGGUCCCCGUGGUUUCAAUUUUGUUGCCAUUUUCAUCCAAAAUCAAAAUUCGGUCAGAUUUCUCAGUUAACAUCCAAUAUUUUUGUUUUUUUUCCUCCCUUUUAUAGAAGGGUAAAAUGGUCAGAUUUUUUUAAUAUGUUAUAAUAAAAUGUUAAAAGACUAUUUUGUCCUAAAUUAAAAGGGAGAAAAAAGACAAACAAAACUGAAUGUUAACUGAAAAAGCUUAUCAAAUUUUGAUUUUGGAUGAAAAUGGCAACAACAUUGAAACCACAGGGACCCAUAUUCAAAAGGUUUGAGUUUUGAACUAAAGUGACAAAACUAACCAAACCUCAGGGACCAUUUUGACAGUUUACUCUUGUAAAUAUAUAGAAGCGUGUUAAUUUGAAGAUAAGAAGUCAAGAACAGUGGGAAUAAUUACAUGGUUGUUUUAAUCAAUUACAUGGUUUACCUAUUUUGCUAUUUUCAUACCUAUUUUUUGGAAAUUACACUAUUGGUACCAACUUUUACAAAAUAAUUUCACUAUUGGUACAUUACAGGUACUAACAAUGUAAUUAAUUCUACAACCAUAGGUACUAAUAGUGAAACAGUUUGUAAAAUUUGGUACCAAUAAUGUAAUUUUCAAAAAAUAGGUAUAAAAAUAGCAAAAUAGGCAAAACCAUAGGUACUAAACCAUGUAAUAGAUUCUUUUAUUUUUUUUAGAAAGUUGUACUUGUUUUAGUUGUGGUUUGUUAAUAAUUUAUUGAAAGGGGUAGUGGUGGUUUUUUUACA